AGCGCCAGGGGAAAAAGUCAACAAGCUUGACGUUUAGCUUCAGGAGUAAAUAAUGAACUAGCUAGCUUUCCGAUAGCCAAAGCUAAGCACGCCAGCUAUCAGUGACACUUACGCUAAGUCGAACCCUAGUAGCUCAAAAAAGACAAAAUGUCAAGAAACUUUUACAAAACGUAAACAGUGUAUAGGUCAGCUAAGGCUCUAUAUCUAUGAGAUAAAACUCCAGGAUAGUUUACAAAGAUACUAACGUACUGUAAGCUAAAGCUAGCUAUGUAAAAACGAAAUCACAGCUAUGUGCAGCUGUGUGCGGAGCUCUAGGGCUCUGUCCCCUGUCCUGCUCCCUAGGCUGUUGGUUUCCCAGACUGAGUACAGAAUGGUGGGCAGGGGUCUGUGGACCUCCCCACAUUGUAUGGCUGUCAUUGGAGACUCUCAGCUGCUGCCCCUGCCCAGUCAGGCCCGUGUGGUGAUCUGUGGAGGAGGUAUUGUGGGGACAUCAGUGGCCUACCACCUGGCCAAACUGGGAUGGACUGACAUAGUGUUGCUGGAACAGGGAAGACUUGGUGCAGGAACAACCAGACUGUGUGCUGGCAUUGUCAGUGUAGCCAAGCCAAUUUCCAUUGAGUGUAAAAUGGCAAACUACUCCAAUAGUCUUUACCAGCAGCUGGAGGAGGAGACUGGGGUCAAAACAGGGUAUGUGAAAACGGGGUCUCUGUGUCUGGCCCAAAAUCAGGAUCGCUUCAUCUCUCUGAAGCGCCUGGCAUCUCGACUAAAGGUAAUGGGAAUCAGCUGCAACAUCAUUAAACCUAAAGAGGUGGCUAAACUCCACCCACUUGUUAACAUUCAUGACCUUGUGGGGGCACUCCACCUGCCUGGAGAUGCUGUGGUGUCUCCGCCUGAUGUUAACCACGCCCUGGCUGUGGCUGCUGCUGGACAAGGGGUUCAGAUCCUGGAGCGAACCAGUGUUCAGCAGGUUCUAGUAGAGAAGAGUCAAGUGAUGGCAGUGGAGACUGACCGUGGCUCUAUUGAGUGUGAAUAUUUUGUCAGCUGUUCUGGACAGUGGGCUUACGAGCUGGGCCAGGCAAGUGAGAUGAAGGUGUCUGUUCCUCUUCAUGGCUGUGAACACUUCUACCUCCUCACCAAACCCCUCCAGGAGCCUCUUCCACAAAGCACACCAGUGAUCAUCGAUAUGGAUGGUAGGAUAUAUGCACGGCCAUGGCAGGGUGGUCUUCUGUCAGGGGGCUUUGAGAAGAACCCCAAACCCAUCUUCACUGAGGGCCGCAACCAGCUGGAGAUCCAGAACAUGCAGGAGGACUGGGACCACUUUGAGCCAAUGCUGAGCUCCCUGCUGAGGAGAAUGCCAGGACUUGAGUCAGCUGAGAUCCAUCAGCUGGUCAACUGUCCGGAGUCCUUUACCCCUGAUAUGCGCUGCCUAAUGGGUGAGACGCCGGGUGUCUCUGGCUACUAUGUGCUGGCGGGGAUGAACUCCUCUGGCCUGGCCUUUGCUGGAGGAGCUGGCAAGUACCUGGCAGAGUGGAUGACCUAUGGCUACCCCACUGCCAAUGUCUGGCCUCUGGAUAUCAAACGGUUCGGCAACCUGCAGAGCAGCCGAACCUUCCUCCGACACAGAGUAAUGGAAGUCGUGCCUUUGCUGUAUGAACUGAAGGUUCCUCGCUGGGACUUUCAGACUGGGCGUCAGCUGCGGACCAGCCCUCUGUAUGACCGUCUGGACACCCAGGGAGCUCGCUGGAUGGAGAAACAUGGUUUUGAAAGGCCCAAAUACUUUGUUCCUCCAGGGAAAGAUCUGCUGUCUCUGGACCAGAGUAAGACCUUCUACAAGCCUGACUGGUUUGACAUUGUUGGAGCAGAAGUGAAAUGCUGCAAAGAGGCCGUCUGUGUCAUCGACAUGUCUUCCUUCACCAAGUUUGAACUGACUUCAACGAAAGACCAGGCCCUGGACCUGCUGCAACAUCUGUGUGCCAACGACCUGGAUGUCCCCGUUGGACAUAUUGUUCACACUGGCAUGCUGAAUGAGAGGGGAGGCUAUGAGAACGACUGCAGUGUGGUCCGCCUCAGCAAGAACAGCUUCUUCAUCAUCUCUCCGACAGACCAGCAGGUCCACUGUUGGUCCUGGAUAAAGAAACACAUGCCGAGUGACCCACACCUCCACCUAGAGGACGUCAGCUGGAAGUACACUGCUUUAAAUCUGAUUGGACCUCGUGCAAUGGACGUUCUGGCUGAGCUGUCAUACGUUUCCAUGACGCCUGACCACUUCCCCUCCAUGUUUUGUAAGGAGAUGAGUGUUGGAUAUGCCAAUGGGAUCAGGGUGAUGAGCAUGACUCACACUGGGGAACCAGGUUUCAUGCUGUACAUACCUAUAGAGUAUGCUCUGCAUGUGUACAACGAGGUGAUGUCAGUGGGUCAGAAGUAUGGGAUUCGUAAUGCAGGGUACUACGCACUGCGAAGCCUACGCAUAGAGAAAUUCUUUGCCUUCUGGGGUCAGGACCUUGACACCUUCACCACCCCGCUUGAGUGUGGACGAGAGUUCAGGGUGAAAUUUGACAAGGACACAGAUUUCAUUGGUCGCGAGGCAUUGCUGCAGCAGCGUCAAGACGGCGUGUCUCGGCGGUUUGUCAUGCUGGUUCUAGAGGACCACGACACCGAGCUGGACCUGUGGCCAUGGUGGGGAGAGCCCAUCUACUGUAACGGUCAGUUAGCUGGGACAACCACAAGCAGUGCCUACAGCUACACUCUGGAGCGCCACGUCUGCCUCGGCUUUGUAUCUCCACCGACAGGACCAGACGGGCUCCCAACACCCAUCACUCCAGACUUCAUCAACCGUGGGGACUACGAGGUGGACAUUGCUGGCCAGCGCUACCCAGCCAAAGCCAAACUAUACCCCUUCAGCUCCCUCUUCACCCAGCAGAAACGCCGCAAAGAAGACAUAGAGCUCAGCAACCUCCAGGGGAAGUGAUGCAGAAGAGUAAUGGAAGUCCUCACCACCUGUAGGGGGUUCUGUGGUACUUCUCAGUUCACCAAAUCCACUCCAGCACUUACCUCGCAGUGCCAACCUAUCGUCCCUUUUCUAGCUCCUAAUGUGAGGGCUGUAUGCACAAUCACUCCUUGUCCCUCUAAUAUUUAAUUUCCAUGUUGCAUCUCCCUUUUUCAAAGUGCAAUAUUUAUGAGGCACCAAAUGCUUGAGCUGUAUCAAAUACAGAGCUCCGGUAUCAUCACAUUCUCCAGUUCGUCUUUAGCUCUCACACUCAAGCACAGUCCACUCAGUCUGAAAUGCUGGUUUACUGUGACAGCCUGCAGUUAAGUGCCUUUGUCAAGGCAACAUCAACAAUAUGUGUUGAGGACUCUUUUCACUCUGUUCACUUUAGCUCAUCCAGAAGGGAUUUUGACCGACAAUCUUCUCUUCUUAUUCAUUGCUGAUGUGCAAAUGCCUACACAGUCAGUGUAGUUGGUGACUUUAUUGUUAUUUUACAAAUAGUAAAUUUGCUGCUGUAAAGAGAAUGAGUGAUGUGAUGCGGCCUAAUUCUUAUAAUUUUGCUAGACUGUAAAAGAUGAUAUCGUUCUCAGCUAGGGUUAAAAAGGCCUGGAAAAGCCAUGGGAAAGGAUCAGGAAGUCUGACAUAAUCAUUAGUAAACUUUUGUUUUGUGUUGUGUUGAAAAGGUUUCCCAGGUUCUCCUAAAAACCUCAAAGUAAAGCAGAAUGACCCUUUUUUCUCUUGGUAAAGUCGUUUAACAUUACCUUCAGCUGUUCUGGUGUUUUUUGCUGUGUUGAGCUUCUGAUGUAUUCACGGUAAAAUAAUCCGACUCCUUAUUUAUGUUUUGUGGUCUUUUUGAAGCAGCGUCGUUCUUUGGAUACUCCAGUUUUGUUGUACUGUGUUGCUGAAUGCGUGACAGAUGUGACCCAUAGACGAGAGCUGUCAUCCCACAAUAUCUUACAUUAGUGAUUUUUUUUUUUUGACUGUUUUGCCACAGUCAUGAUGUUAGUGUGAAGCAAAGACUUCAUUGUGAUUUAAUAAAGCAAUGUAUUUUUGUAUAGCUAGUGUGUAUAAAAUCUCUAUUUUCUGUACUGCACAUUUUCAGUUCCAGUCAAAGUUCUAACAGCCAUAUAAGUCAUCUAUACUUUGUCAGUUGGUCAUUUUUGCAGUUGUCCUUGAUUGUGCAGUAUUUCAAAUGCUUUCCACAAUUAUUCUGCAUGUGUCAGCAGCAGCAGCUUGAUGUUUUUCUGCAGGUACACAGGUGUAUAAAUCUUUUUGAACUAAUUUGGUCGUUUUGUCUCUCACCCCCUGCAGAGGUUAAAAGUCAGAGAGAGCUGCAGAACAAGAGGCUUGGGGCUGGAAGGGUUUUAGGAGAGCAAUGUUCAGAUAAGAGUGGAAGUGGAAAGUUGAAUUCAUCCAGCCAGUCUUUCAUUGGCGUGUGAGUACUGUGUGUUUCUUGUUGUCUGCACCAAACUGCGUGUUCAAACGUUUAAGUUAGCUUACCUGGUUGAGUGACUGAACUAAAACCACAGCAUUCACAUACAGUGAAGGACUUACAGAUUUUGAGAUGCACAAAAACCCUCAAGAAGACAGCGAGUGAAGAAUACAGAGUAUAUAUAUAUCCGUCUCUGUGACGUUAACUCCAUACUUGAAGAUUGCUGCAUUACUUAUUGUACAGUACAGCCACUUCUGUGAGAAGAAAUAUCAUCUAGGAGGGGGUUUCAGUUGAUUUUGUUCAGCACUGAUUGCAGUCAAAGUUAUAAAUGUUCAGAGUGAUCGAGUGUGCUUGAGGAGGGUGGAACAUGUUUAAAUGAAAUACAAAAUGUAAACAAAUAGAGACACAGCUGGGAACCCACUGCAGUGACUGCCAGGCCUUUGAAUAGUCAGAUUAACUCCAGAUAACUUUUGUUUUUUAACUCUGAUCGGUUAAGCAAUAAAAUGCUUAUUUACAGUUUACUCCUUGCCUAAACCUAUAAUUUAUGUUUGGAAAACUACUAAUUGGUCCCUCAAGUAUUUGCUCACUUUAUAUAUAAGAUUUUUUUUUUUUUUCUGAUCUCAAGAGCGCGGCACCAGUCAAAUUUGUUCGGGGGCUGUUUGAAGCACUUAUACCUCUGAAAGGGGAACAAAAUUGCAGUAUUUACAACUGCACAAAAACAGGAAUAUGAAAAGCCUCCCAAAAUCUUCAUAUUUAUUUUAAUCUGAUUUUGCUUUUGAUUAGUUUGCCAACAUCUCUUUUCACCACAAAUCCCCUACAAUGCACUUUGAACAGUCAGGAGGAACCUGAAAAAUAGGACAGUAAAACUGUCUAAAAAAAAAAAACAAAAAACAAAGAAAAAAAAAAAAUAUAUAUAUAUAUAAAACGGUUGCAACAAG